AUGUUAAAAACAAAAUAUAACUUUUUAAAUGUAUUUCCGAAAAAUGAAAAAAUAAAAUAUGGUUUUAAUAAAUUGAAUCAAGUAUUAGAAGUAAAUAAAUUAAAUAGAAAUACGAACAAAUGUAAGGAAGUAAAAAAUAUAGGGAAUAAUAAUUUUAACAAAACAAUUAAUAAUAUUAAUAAUAAUAACAAUAAUAAUUUAAAAAAUGUUAAUAAAUUAAUAAAUGAUAUAUAUAUUGAAAAAAGAGAUGAAAAUUUAUUUAAAAUAUUUAAAAAAAAUUUUGCAAUAGGAGUAUUCGAAAGAAAAAAGCCUCAUAUGAAUAUUGGAACAAUUGGUCAUGUUGAUCAUGGAAAAACUACCUUAACAGCAGCAAUAACAAAAGUUUGCUCCAAUUUAAAUAGAGGAACAUAUAAAUCAUAUGAAGAAAUAGAUAAAACCCCAGAAGAACAAAAAAGAGGAAUUACAAUUAAUGCUACCCAUGUAGAAUAUGAAACUGAAAAAAGACAUUACAGUCAUAUUGAUUGUCCGGGGCAUUUAGAUUAUAUUAAAAAUAUGAUUACAGGAACAUCUCAAAUGGAUGGAAGUAUUUUAGUUGUUUCUGCUUAUGAUGGAUUAAUGCCACAAACGAAAGAACAUGUCUUAUUAUCUAGACAAAUAGGUAUUGAAAAAAUGAUAGUUUAUUUAAACAAGAUAGAUAUGUGUGAAGAUCAGGAAUUAGUUGAUUUAGUAGAGCUAGAAAUACGAGAAUUAUUAUCCUUUCAUAAAUAUGAUGGAGAUAAUGUUCCAUUUAUAAAAGGUUCUGCGUUAAAAGCAUUAAAUGAUGAUAAAUCAGAAUAUGGUGUUCCUUCUAUUUUGAAACUGUUAGAUGCAUGCGAUAAUUAUAUUGAUGAACCUAAACGUAAAAUUGAUUUACCAUUUUUAAUGAGUAUAGAUGAUGUUUUGCAAAUAUCAGGUAAAGGUACCGUAGCAACAGGUAGAGUGGAACAAGGUAUGUUAAAAUUGAAUGAUCAAGUUGAAGUUUUAGGAAUAAAGGAUAAAACAAUCAAAACUGUUAUUACAGGAAUAGAAAUGUUUAGAAAAACGCUAGAUACUGCACAAGCAGGUGAUCAAAUUGGGGUUAUGUUAAAAAAUGUAAAAAAGAAUGAUAUAUCAAGAGGAAUGGUUAUAACAAAAAUAACUAAUAUGAAAACAUACAAAAAAUUUGAAAGUGACAUUUAUGUUUUAAAAAAUGAAGAAGGAGGAAGAAAAAAUCCUUUUUCUUCUUAUUAUAGACCACAGGCAUAUAUAAGAACAGCCGAUGUUAAUUGUGCAGUUAUACUAAAUGAAGAUACUCAAAUAGCUAAUCCUGGUGAUAAUAUUAAAUGUACAAUUGAACUAAUGUAUCCUUUAGCUUUAGAUAAUGGAUUACGAUUUUCUUUAAGGGAAGGUGGAAAAACUGUUGCUUCUGGUGUUAUAACAAAACUUUUAUAA